AUGGACGAGGUGCUAAGGUGGCAGCUGAUGCUUAUUCAGGAGUGCCCUUGGAAACCCAAUGCUACAGCCGUUAUGCAGCAUAGAGCAGAGCUGGGACAGUGCUGCAAUGCCUCUCAUCGGCUGGUGGUAACCAAGGAAAACGCACCGCUGGGAUCCACCAUCCAUUUUGAUGGUGUGAAAGUUAAAAUUAUAACUGUGGAUUCCAAGCUGACAAAUAUGCUAUUGGAGAGAUUUCCAUUGGCAGAUGCCCAGUAUAGCAAAUGUGCCCUCAUUGGCAACGGUGGUAUCCUGCAAGAUAGCAGAUGUGGACAAGAAAUUGACCAGGCUGAUUUUAUCAUAAGGUUUAAUCUGCCUCCCUUGAAUAGAACUGAAGAUGUGGGAACGAAAACACACCUAGUGACCAUCAACCCCAGUGUUCUUACUAAUAGAUUCAAAAACCUGGUGGGUCCUCCGAUGGCUUUUAUAGAUGCUGUUCGGGCCUACCCAAAUGCCCUUUUCCUCAUUCCUGCGUUAUCGUUUCAUGAUCAUAUUGAACUUGGCUACCGUGCUUUACACAUCCUAAAGGAUAUUGGCCUGCCCCACCAGGCUUUCUUCCUCAACCCACAUUACCUGGGUGCCCUCGAUAUGUAUUGGAAACAGAAAGGGAUGACAGAAAUACGUCUGUCCACUGGCUUCAUGUUCACCAGUUUUGCUCUGGAAUUCUGUGACCACAUCACUCUCUAUGGCUUCUGGCCCUUUUUAUUUGACCUAACUGGGAAGCCAAUCAGUCAUCACUACUACGACAAUGUGUUGCCAAAUGCUUUCGUUCAUAGCAUGUCCGAAGAGUUCUCCCGUUAUAUCGAUAUGUAUGCCCAGGGUGUCUUGCGCAUACAGCUUGGCAAAUGCCAGUGA